AUGGAGGAAUUGCUCUGUGAUGCAGCUAUGAGAGGGGAUCUAGAAUCACUACAUGAAAUAAUUGCAAAGGACAAUUACAUUCUGGAUAAAGUUUUGGUGGGAAGUUUCAAAGGGAAAAAUCCGCUUCAUGUGGCUACAUCAACCGGGCAACUAGAAUUUGUUCUAAAACUUCUGGAAAUUAAACCAAAGCUUGCUAAAGUUUUAGAUACGGAACUAGGAGCAGCCCUUCACAUAGCAUCUGCUAAUGGGGACGUCAAGAUUGUGGAAGCUUUAGUGGAGCUUAGCCCUGAGAUGUGCAUGGCUCGUAAUCAAGAUGGUAAUAACCCUCUUCAUAUCGCUGCGAUGGAAGGCAAGGUCGACGUAUUGAAAAAGUUGGUUGAAACAUGCCCCCGUGCAGCACAAGUUAUUUUGGAUCGAGAGAUAAUUGGAGAUCCCAAAUUUGUACAUUCUAAGGAUGCCAAUGGAAAUACCAUAUUACACCUAGCUAUUUUCGGUAAGCGUGUUGAGAUUGUCAAGCAUAUACUCGACAGAACUACAAUAAAGGUGAAUGAACUAAAUGGAGCUGGGUGGACGGCGAUGGAUAUUAAUUAUUUCUUCGUGCGAAAUCAUCCACUUCCGGAAGCAGUGGAUCGUGGUAUCCGAACUUUGCUACGCGCAGUUGGGGCGCAGAUGGAGAGUCAAAAACUACUGGUGGUCUCUGAGAUUACUCCAAGCGGGCAGAAUGUAGUGCAGACAUUUAUGGUUGUAUCAUCGCUGUUUGCGACAAUGGCAUUUCAAGUGAGGGUGAACCCUCCAGGCGGUGUUUGGAUUCCUUCUAUAUUUGUAUUUUAUUAUCCAACUGCUCCUAGCGACAGCUACGCCACUAGCGUGCUCGCGGCUGCUAUUUGGAUGGCCAGGGAAAUGGUUUGCAGAUUAGCAAGGGAUGGGCCGAGACUUCCAAGUGCAGUUGGCGAGAACGUGUCCAGUACUGUUUGA